GCCUUUCUCUGGGGAGAGACUGGGACCAGCCUCUCGCCCAACACCAGGGAGCCUGGCUGCUGCUGCCGGAUCCGGCCCAAGGCCUGGAAAGGCAGCCACUGCCAGGGGCCCGAAGGCUGCUGCAGAGGACAGGAGCAGGUGUGCAUUUGCAGCAGAUCCACAGUGUGCAGCCAGGCCGACAAGAGCCAAGCCAGGAUUCCCACAAGGCCCACCUCUGCCUUGCAGAGCGCCAAGGGGAGCGGAUGGCAAACCUCAGAGUGAAAGUAAGAUUUCCUUAUAUAUAUAUAUAUACAGUGGUACCUCGGGUUACAGGAUGAGAGCAGAAAUCGCGUAGCGGCAGCCCCAUUAGCUAAAGUGGUGCUUCAGGUUAAGAACAGUUUCAGGUUAAGAACGGACCUCCAGAAUGAAUUAAGUUCUUAAGCUGAGGUACCACUGUCUAUAAUAAACCUUCUUAAACACCCAAAAUUCAUAAUAAAUCACUUUAUGAAGACCCAGUGCAUUUCAGAGAAACUGCUUCAACUGUCAGGCAUCACUGGGAUCAGACUGCGUACAGUACUUACCGUAAAUAAAAGCACCACUUGAUUUUUUAAAAACAGUGGUACCUCGGGUUAAGAACUUAAUUUGUUCUGGAGGUCCGUUCUUAACCUGAAACUGUUCUUAACCUGAGGUACCACUUUAGCUAAUGGGGCCUCCCGCUGCACCUGCUGCCGCCACCGCCGUGCGAUUUCUGUUCUCAUCCUGAAGCAAAGUUCUUAACCCAAAGUACUAUUUCUGGGUUAGUAGAGUCUGUAACCUGAAGCGUCUGUAACCCGAGGUACCACUGUAUAACCUCCACCCCCCACCUCUUAGCAAUUUACAACAAUAUAAAGCAUUAAUAAUAACAAUAUUGAUUGCAAAAAAAGGAAAAAAACAGAACCUCAGAGUGGUUUACAAAAUGAUUAAAUGAGAAAAUUAAGAAAGAUUUCCAAUACUUAGAACAUGCAAGAAGUUAAAAUUCUAAAACAGAUUAAAAAAUUCCCAGCAGCAUUUCUAAGCAUCUGGGUAGGCUUGUCCAAGCAAUUUUUUAGCAGGAGCCAAAAAGAGUCCAGCAGAGCCACCUGCUUGAUCUCAAUAGGCAGGGAGUUCCAAAGUGUUGGUGCCACCCUAAAUGACCUGGUUCAUUUAUUCAUUCAUAUUAAAUUUGUAUACUGCCCUUCCUCCAUAAUUCUCAUGGUAGUUCACAGUAUAAAAAUACAAGAUAAAAACACAAAAUAUAUAAUAAAAACAAGAACAAGAACAAACCAAGAACCCCGUAAAUGCAGAACGGCUACUGCGUGGCCCUUGUAGUGGUGCCAAUUCUGCCGAGCAAAGCAAUUCAGAGGACACGUGGGAUAAAGCUUAUUUUAAAGCUUCUUGUAGGGUUGUUGUUGUUUUACUAUAGUAUUGUUUUACUUUUCUGUUCAAUGUGUCCUGCUUGGCCACUGUGACAAGAGAAUGGAUCCAUAAGCCAAGCUGCUUCAGGGUCUGGGAGGAGGGUUUUCCCUUCCAUCAGGAGCAACAAGACGGGUGUUGAAAAUGGGGUGUCUGUCCCAGCAGGGGUCUUGGGUCUCUCCCUAGUGGAGGGUGUGGGGAGAGGAGCAAUGUGGCGUCUUUUGCCGUCUCUUUUCCUUGUAAUUCCUGUUCUGUUUUCAAAAGCGCAUACUGCACUGUCUUGUUUCAGGCCACCCCAAUCUCUGAGCGCUGAGAGAUCCCAGGGGUUUUGGAUGGUUUCCCAGAGUUCGUGUUUCCCUUUGGAAUGAGGCACACAGGAGACUGCGGUGUCUUUAUGAUGUGUGGUUUAUUUACACAUAUAUACAAACUGAGCCCACACAGGAGGGGCUCCAAACCCCCAAUAGGUCUUGCUUCUUUUUCUCCCACAGUCACAGCCUUGGAUUCCAUCAGAAAUCAAACACUGCUUUCUGAGCCUCUCCUUGCUGCUUUACUUCUAGCUCACACCAUAGCAAACUCUGCUGUAAAACUCAGGCUUUGUCCUUCUAGCUAUCUGAGAGUUGAAGUAGGGCCCCCACCCACUUAUUGUCUGGCGCAGAGCCCCCUUUCCUUUGUUCUCUUAAUGGCCCAUCACCCAGUCAGUCACUUCAACAGGGAGCUUGCCUGGCUUAGCUUUAACACUUGCUGGAUCCAAGGAUAAGAGGGGUUUGGCACCCACAAACCUAGAACAGAGUGCAUAAGCUGUUAUGUAUUAGUGAAAAUAACAUAAAAUGCAGCAUCGGGGGAAACUAGGAGAGUUUAGUACGGUGCUUUUAAUGAUUGUUUUGUCCUGCUUUUUAAUGGUGAGAUAUACAUUUCAUCUGCCCCCUGUUGUGGCCAGCUGAGUUGGCAGCAUAUAAAUACUUUUCUAAAUAAAUAAAGUGCUGGCGGGUUUUCACGAGGGCUUAAGAACUGUUGUGGAAAUGGGGUGAGCUGAAUGUAAGAUUGGGAAAAUGGGAAAGCAAAUUUGAGAGGUCUGUCCAUCCUGUCUUCUUCUGGCUGUUCAGACAGACAGAGGCUCCCUGUGUCAGGCAGAGGCCCUCUGAGGAGGUUGGAAAGAGCAGCCUCUCCUCCUGGGCCAUUCACACAAACAGGUGGUGCAAGAAUGUUGAGAUUCCUGCAUUGCAGGGGGCUGGACUAGAUGACCCUGGGGCUCCCUUCCAACUCCAUGAGUCUGGAGCCUGAGGGGUGUUUGUGUGGGUCAAAUGCUGCAGUCUGAAGAGAGUCCUGUGUGCUGGAACGGUGCGGGAGGUGAAGAGCAUGAGCUGUUCUUCAUGUCCUGGUGACUCAUUUUCUUUCCCUGCCAUUCCCCAUUUCUCCAGUCUGCGAGAGCAUGGAUAUCCGCGUCGAUGUCUCCCAGCUGCGGAAUCUGGAGAACUGCACCAUCAUCGAGGGCAACCUGCAGAUCCUCCUCUUGUUCACCACCAGCAGCGAGGAUUUCCACCCCUUCAGCUUCCCCCGCCUGGUCAUGAUCACGGAGUACCUCCUGCUCUUCCGCGUCUAUGGGCUGGAGAGCUUGCGCGACCUCUUCCCCAACCUGUCGGUCAUCCGGGGGACCAGUCUUUUCUUCAACUACGCCCUGGUCAUCUUUGAAAUGCCGCACCUGCGUGACAUCGGCCUGCACAGCCUGACCAACAUCCUGAACGGCUCCGUGCGCAUCGAGCGCAACCAGGAGCUCUGCCACAUCUCCACCAUCGACUGGGGACUGAUGCAGACCCCCCACGCCCUGGAGCAAAACAUCAUCUUGCACAACAAGCCCGCGGAGGAGUGUGCUGACGUGUGCCCGGGCAUUCUGGACGUGGAGAAGCCCUGUGUCCAGACCCAGACCAGCCUCAAGGGGCAGCUGGAGUAUCGCUGCUGGACCUCCAGCAACUGCCAGAAAGGUGGGUUGACCCAGGUCCACUCUGGGCGUGUGGUGCCUGCAGUGGCCUUGCGAGGGGCUUGUGAGUGGCUGAGCUUCGCAAGGGAGCAGAAGGGCUUUAUGGGUCACUUGAUUCCCACUGUGCUUCAGAAAGAGUUCCUUGGCACGAGAACAGCAAAAACAACAGCUAAUCCGAACCCAAAUAUAAUUUAUUUAUAGUCCAUCAGCCACAAAUCCAACAGUUGUUGCCGAGGGCAGUGGAGAAUCAGGACCAAGCAAGGCACGGUGGGGUGAGGUUGCUGUGGCUUUAAGAGGGGAUUAGACAAAUUCAUGGAGGACAAGGUGGUCAAUGGCUGCUGUGAAUAAUGCUGGGUUUUGAGAGCACAGGUCCUGCUGUGGCUCUCAAGUGAGAUGGCUGCCGCUGCCUUCUUGCCAUGAUGCCUCUGCUCUUCUGAAUAUCAGGUGCUGGAAGCCACAGGAGGGCGGAGGGCUCUUGCGCUCGGGUCCUGCUUGCUGCCUUCCCACAGGAAAAUGUUUGGCCCCUGGGAGAACAGGAUGCUGGGCUAGAGGAGCCCUUGGCCGGAUCCAGCAGGCUCUUCUGAGUUCUUAUGAUCUGCUUGACCCCUGUGGGACAGAAUGCCGAGCUAGAUGAGCCCCUUUGGGCCUGAUCCAGCUGCAGCCAGGCUCUACAAAAGCCAUGCCUGUGUCCUUUUAACCCCUUCCUUUCAGGCUGCCGCUGCCUGAGCUGGGAGGGCCCCCUUCCCUCUCUCCUUACACACUGACGUUCCUCCCUGGCUUGGCUCACGGCUCAUUCUGCCGGCACGGCUAUCUUGGGAGCCUGGCUGGCUAUUUGCCUGGAGACACACGGGUGUGGCUAGUAUGAUCCGGCCUGGGAGCUUCUGCAUAAGUCUCCUCAAAACAAGGACCCAAUAAACUUUGUUCUUUCCUGUGUUUACACAGAGGAACUAUUAUUAGGAAACAGGUGCUUUACUUUUUAAUUCCUUUGUGGCCUAUUUUUAGGAGCUCUCCAAAAUUGGAGGCAUGAGGUGAGCAGGUUAGGUACUCUGGUGAUGUCAUUAGUUUCCCUGCUGGGUGCUUGCGUUUCUCGCCUGCCCUCUAGCGCCUGGUUUUUAAAAAAUGCCACCGCAGAAGGACAGAUCCCCAGUUCUGUUCAUUUCCCACAGGAAGUAGUGAUGACGACGACAACACAUUUGUUUAUACCCCACCUUUCCCCCUAAUGGGGCUCAAGGCAGUUUACAGAUAAAAACAAUCAAAAGCAACAAUAUUUUUUAAAAAAACAUGGAUCGAAUUAAAACUAUUUACGUAUAUAAAAUCUGUUUAAAACAUAUAGGCGGCAACCAUUUCGCACGAGGGUUUUGUUCCCGGCCCCUGCAUGCGUUGGCAGAGCAUGUCUAUGCAUGCCCCGUCCUGCCCCCCAUUCUGCCCUCUUCCAGUUCCAAAAGGAUCUGCACAUUGGUGAUUGCGCAUCAGUUGGACACUCCCCAAACAAUUGUCACCUGUGGAAAUAAUUACAAUACAACAACAUGGCCCCAGCCAUUUCAUUAAAAGCAGUCUGUUCCCAAAAGCACGGUUGAAAAGGAAAGUCUUUGCCUGCCGGUGGAAGGACGGCAAAGAGGGAGCCAGUGUGGCUUCUCCAGGGAGGGAAUUGCAGAAUCUGGGAGCAGCCACUGAAAAGGCCCUGUGAUGACUCCUAGCUUGGCCUUAGGCUUCAACCGUGAUGGGUAUUCUGGAAACCGUGUGCCUCUGAAUAAUACCAGUCACUGGGAGUUGGGGGGGGAUUGCUGUUGCUUCCAGGUUCUGCUUGUGGGCUCCCAAAGGCACCUGGGGGGCCGCUGUGAGAACAGGGUGCUGCCCUGAAAGGGCCCCCUUUGGUCUGAUCCCACAGGCUCUUUCUCUGCUGCUGGUCCAGCGUUCCCAGCAUCACCUUGGCGAGUUUUGGACCCUUUCAGGCUCCUUCAGGAUUCCUCAGAGAAAUGCUCUGGGCUGCCAAGUGGCAGAGCAGUACCCCAGCUGAUCUGUGGAAUCUAUUCUGUGUGGGAUAAACUUGUCUUUGGAAAGGCAGCAAGCUUAGGCCAGUGGAGUAUCUAGUAAGUGACCUGAGAAGAGCUACUUCUUUAGAAUCAGCCCUCCUGGUCUCCUUUGCGUUGUCCUUUGGGGGAGACCUCCCCCCAUCAGCUGCAGCCCUGUCUCACCGUUGUGAAACUCUCAUAAAAGUAUGUGAGUCUCCUGGACUUGUUUGCUGUCAACAAGAGAGCUGCUAAUGAAAUAUACACUGCAAACAGGCAGAUCGUUAUCGUGCGCAUGCAACUGCCUCCUCCAGCUGCCUUGCGCUCUCCCUCUUGGACGGGCCUUUGGCCUCCUCUUGUCUUGCUGUGUCUCUCAGGACUGCUGUGUAGAUGUGUGGUGUCUCAAGAGUUGCAGCUGAGAUUUCCCCUUCUGCAUCACUGUCCAGCACCACCUGACCAACCUCCUGCUGGACUGGACCAUCUCUAGGGCAGCGGAGAGGGUGAAAGAGGCCUUUGUGCCUGGGCCAGGAGGGCUCCUCUGAUUCAUUAACUCAUUAACAGACUGGUACAGAUUGGGAGGUCAGUCUGUGGUAUGAAUUAGGAUGAUCCAUACAAAACCAAAUGUCUAUGUGCCAGUAAAUGGAGGCAACUAGCUUAAAUUAUGCCUGGCGAGGUUGCCUGCUUCUGCCUUGCUGUCUGCUGUUUCCACAGAGCUGUUAGCUGAAGGUUUAGGAUUUGAAAUACUAAAAAGUGUUAAGACAGGGCAGAGUUUACUAUCAGUUUAUAUGCUGAUGACAUCAGAAACAAGGCAGGAGAUAAAGCACUACAUUGUGUUCUGCUGCCCUUGUGCAUCCUGCCGCCUGAGGCAUUCACCUCUCCUUGUCUCAUGGGUGGGCCGGCCCCAACUUCUAGGGCACCUUUCAAAUUAGAAAUGUUUUUCCAAGGUGGCAUAAUAGAAUAUUACUAAAACAAAGCAUAAGAGAGAAUGGAAGUCAGUCAUAUGGACACUGGGCCAGGGCCAGGGUCUCAACUAAACCAAUAGCCAUAAAACUCAGCUUGCUUUUCGAAAUUCUCACUCCUCCAUUGCAGUAGACUUGCAACUCACACAGAGGUUACAUUAGAGAUAGCAAAUAAAGCAAACAUAAUGUAUAGUCAAAACACAUUGGGUGCAAUGUCGGGUCUUUCUGCUCCCUUUCAAAUUUUUUUGAAUGCACACAAGUUAACUGCACAUAAUUUGCUGGUCUACUGUAUUAGUGAAAUAUACACACAAAAAUUUGUGUAUCAGUGGAAAUAUACAAAAAAUGAACAGGCUAAGGGGGGAAUUGUUUGCAAAGAGGCAUACAAGCAAAAUUGUGUACAAAAAUACAUAUAUUGGGUGAAAUGUGUGCAAAAAUGCACCUGUGAUUUUCAUGUGGAUCUUUUUAAAAAUCUGCAGACAUGGGUGUGUGUGGAAUAAGGGGAGCUGAAAUGAAGAUUGGGGGGAAAUGAGAAGCUGAGGGGCAGCUCUCCCAGUGCCGCUCUUGCCUCCCACUCCAGCUUCCGCCCCCUUUCUCCCCCUGCAGUGUGUCCCUGCAAAGCGGGGGGUGCUGCCUGCACCAGCUCCUCCGAGUGCUGCCACCGGGAGUGCCUGGGGAGCUGCCGCCGCCCGGGAGACAGCCACGCCUGCACCGCCUGCCGCCACUUCUACUUCAACGGGCACUGCCUGAGCUCCUGCCCGGAGCUGACCUACGAGUACGAGGGGUGGCGCUGCGUGACCGCGGAGCACUGCGCCAGCCUGCGCAAGGUGUCCGAGAACCCCCGCGACUCCUCCAAGUUUGUCAUCCACCAGAGGCAGUGCCUGUCGGAGUGCCCCUCGGGGUACAAGAGGAACGAGAGCAGGUGAGGGGGCAGCCGGCCCGCCCCACACUUUUCAAGGGCCCCAGAGCUCAUUUGUGUUCUGCCAAGGGUUGGACUGAUCAGGUCACUUAAAACACUUUUGCCCCAGUUUUCACAGAAUCAUAGAACUGUAGAAUCAGAAGGGAGCCCAAGAGUCAUCUAGUCCAACCCCCCGCAAUGCAGGAAUCUCAGCUGGAGCAUCCAGGACAGAUGGCCAUCCGACCUCUGUUUAAAAACCUCCAAGGAAGGAGAGUCCACCACUCUCGUGGGAGUCUUUUGCACUGCUAAACAGCUCUUAAUGUCAGAAAGUUUUUCCAAAUAUUUAGUUGGAAUCUAUUUCUUUCAACUUGAAGCCAUUGGUUUGAGUUCUAACCUCCAGAGUGGGAGAAAACAAGCAUGCUUCCUCCUCCAGGUGACAGCCCUUGAGGUAUUUGAAGAUGGCUCUCCUGUCUCCUCUCAAUCUCCUCUUUUCCAGGAUAAACCUACCCAGCUCCUUCAACCGUUCCUCAAAGACUCUUGAUCCUCUUGGUUGCCCUCCUCUGCACACCUUCCAGCUUGUCAACAUCUUUCCUAAAUUGUGGUGCCCAGAACUGAACACAGUAUUCCAAGUGUGGUCUGACCAAGGCAGAAUAGAGUGAUAUUAUUACUUCCCUUGAUCUGGACACUAUACUUCUGUUGAUGCAGCCUAGAAUAGCAUUAGCUGUUUUUGCUGCUGCAUCACACUGUUGAGUCAUGUGAAGCUAGGGGUACCAAGACCGCUAGAUCCUUUUCUUUCUUUUUUAAAAAUGAUAUUUAUUAAAAUUUCAGCAAAUACAAGAAUUACACAAAAACAAAAAGUAAAAAUACAAAAUACAAAAUACAAAAAAGAGUAAAAGACACUUAAAAAGAAAAAAAGAAAAAUAGAUCAAUCUUUCCAUAGCUUAGAUUCAUAUCCUUGUUUCCCUGACCUCCUCAUACCUCCCUUUUUUGUAUUCCAGUUCAAUUAGUUAAGUCAGCAAUUUCUUUCCCUCUGUGUUUUCUCAUGAUUCUUUAACUUAAUAUACUAUAACUUUAAAUUUUCAUCUGUUAUCAGUCCUUUUUUACCUACACCUUUAUAACAUUACUGCUUAAACCACCUAGCUUCAUUCCAACAUCAUUCUAACAUUCAUUAAUUUUACAAUAUUUCUGUAAAUUGUCUUUAAAUUUCUUCCAAUCUUCUUCCACCGACUCUUCUCCCUGGUCUCGGAUUCUGCCAGUCAUUUCCGCCAAUUCCAUGUAGUCCAUCACCUUCAUCUGCCAUUCUUCCAGAUUGGGUAGGUCUUGUGUCUUCCAAUACUUUGCAGUGAGUAUUCUUGCUGCUGUUGUGGCAUACAUAAAGAAAGUUCUGUCCUUCUUUGGCACCAUUUGGCCGACCAUGCCCAGGAGAGGUUUUCGGUAGUCUACCAUCUUUAGUGACUACCUGUCUUUGUGCCUUGUCCAUGUGUGUAGAUACCACUCCAUUCAUGUCUCCCAUCAAAAUCACAUUAUAAUCCAAAUAGUCCAUCAAGGUCUCAUGCAACUUUUUAAAAAAGUCAGAUUUCCCCUCAUUUGGUGCAUAAACUCCUACUAUCAAAAAUUUUUCUCCUUGUGUUUGAAUUUCAAUUGCCACAAAUCUUCCUUGGUCAUCUUUAAAGAUAAAUUUCGGUAAUAAUCUCUCCUUUGCAUAAAUCACUACCCCUCUUUUUUAACCUUGUCCGAUGAAAUAAACUCCUGACCAAGUCUUUUAUUAAUCAAUAAUUUCCUGUGUAACCUUGUUAUAUGUGUUUCUUGUAAACAAAUCAAGUCCAAUUGUUCCUUUUUUAAUAAAUGAAACACAGAUCUCCUUUUCUGAGGGGAGUUCAAACCAUUACAAUUCCAACUUAGUAGUUGCAGAGCCAUGAUGUAGUUACUUUGCUUCUCCUCCAACUGCACCCAGUGCCUGUUCCUGUUCUGUUGGUGGUAUCACCUUCUUCAGGCGGUCUUUUAGUUCGGGAGGUAGACCUGGUAUGUCUAAAGUUUCACUUACAAGUGCUCUCAACUCUCCUGCAACUUCCUUCUGCAGGUCUUCUCCGUGGUCUCUCCAAAAUUUAUCUUUGUCGUCCUCUGAUCUUAUUUUUAUCUUCUUCCCUUUGUAACUAAAGGAUAGGCCUUGGGGGAAUUCCCACCUAAAUCCCGUUACUUCUCAACAGGGCAACCAAAUCUCUAUAAUUGGACCUAAGGUCCAAAAGAUGCUUCGGAAUAUCCUUAAAUAUCUCCACCUUUGACUGAUGUAUUUCCAAGGUCUUCUGGAAGUGCAGGCUCAAGAUUUUGUCUCUCUCCUCUUUUGUUCGGAGGGUGAUCAAACAGUCUCUCACCCUGUUCUUCCUCCCUCCUCUUCCAAGCCUGAAGGCACUCACUAUCUUGAAACUAUCCUUCUCCAAAUCUGGGUUCCAAAAGUCUGCAAAUUCCUGCGUAAGAAAUUCAAUCAAAUUGUCUUUCUCAAGUUCGGGUACGGCCCUGAUCCUUAAAUUCUUUUGUUUCUCCUUCAACUCAAUCAUAGACAAUAUUGACCUGUGGUCUUCAAGUUGUUUGUGUAUCGGUGGUAUCUUCUCUUCUACAACAGUGGCUGUAGCAGUUGCUAUUUCCUUUGCCUCUUUGGCUGUCUUUCGUGUCGAGGUGGAUUCCUGUAGUAAUUUCUGAAUAGUUUCUGUAUUGGUAUUCACCUUCUGUCCCAAAUUAUUAAUACUUGUAGUGUUUUGGUCAAUUUUGCCCGAUGCCUCAGCUACUUGUUUACUUAUUCUUUCCAAAGAUUCGUUAAUUUUACCUAGUGCCUGAGCCAGGGCAUCGUCAGCUGCCAUACCUUUAGGUUUAGGUUGUGCCGAUGAGGUUGCUGUUGGUAAACCAGAAGGGCCAGAUGUCGAUGCUCUUCUUUGCAGCCCACCGUCUGUGCGAAUUAGUCUGCCAGACCUCGUUGCUUGUAACAAAUCUAUCUUCUCCUUCCCAUCUGCCAUAACCCUCAAGAUAAAGCCCAAGGUCAAUCUCACGAUCAGAGUUUGUUUUGAAGUGGAAAAUUCCCUUGGCCCAGCUGCUAUUGUAACAAUUUCAAACUUCCUCUAGGGGGACACAGUAGCAGUCAAAAAUGUCUUAAAGUAAUUAACUUUUUCCUUUCGCCCCCCAAUUCACAAAAAGGACAACAGUUUCAAUCUCAGUUGUUUCCUGUUACUUUAAAACCAGGAGAAGCCAGUCAGAAAUAUUGUAUCUUACUUGUAUCUCAGAUGCAGAGUUAACUGUCAAAAAGUACUUUCAGCAACAGCACAUUUCACAAUACAGCUUUCUUACUAUUCACUGGGAACCCGUUCCAGGGUUUUAAGCGGUGGAUUUUAGCUUCUUUUCCUCUCUUUUUUGCAGGGAAAUACAGUUCAGACCUUUCCCCCCUCCUCCCCUGCAAUCAAGGGGGGGAAAUCGCUUGUUUGAUGUUCGAAUUAUAAUCCUUUUCCAACGUCUUUUAAGGUUUCCGCUUACAAGUUCAUUGCUUUACUCCAUUUACAAGAAUGGAAGGCAGACUUCCUGUUUAUGCCUCUCCGCUUCGGUGCCAAAUAAUUUAUAAAGUUCCUUUAGUUCCGAAAUUAGCCUACUCACGGAUCGUUGUUUUACAGCCAAAUUGUCCCAGGAAAAAGGUAGCGCUCUCCGGCAACGGCUACGCGGCUUCGCUCCACAGAAGAAGCAGAUGACUCACAGCACUGUGCCACUUCCCCGCUCCACUCCGGGGCCCGUAAUCGGACUCCUUUGCCAGUUGGGGGGGCGCAAAAGGUGCCCGCCAAGUCCCACGGUCACAGGCUUCACCCACCUGUGAUUUUUGAAGGGUCCCCGCUUUGCCGUAGCGGUGCAGACCCGAUUUCCGCAGAGCCGGUUCCCUCCAAGUCAGAGGGAAUCCUCCAUUACCGAUGGCGCCACCCUGGAAGUCUUUUCACAUCUACUGCUAGUAAGCCAGGGGCUCCCCAUCCUAUAUUUGUGUAUCUGGUUCUUCUUGCCUAAGUGCAGAAUCUGACAUUUGUCCCUAUUGUCUUUAGCUUGCACCCAAUUCUCCAAUCUGAUAAGGUCAUUUUGAAUUCUGAUUCUGUCUUCUGUGGCAUUAGCUACCCAUCCCAGUUUGGUGUCAUUUGCAAAUUUGAUGAGCUUCCCCUCAAUUCCUUCAACCAAGUCAUUUAUAAAGAUGUUAAACAACAACGGGCCCAGGACAGAACCCUGCGGCACCCCACUUGUCACUUUUUUCCAGGAUGAUGACAAACCAUUAAUGAGUACUCUUUGGGUUCGGUCAAUCCACUAGCUAAAAAUCCACCUGACAGUUUCCUCAUUCAACCCACAUUUAUCACUUGCUUGUUCUUCCUCUAAAUCGGACAUAGCCAAAGAAACCUUUUAAAAUUAUUUUCAACCUCUCUUGCAAGCCUGAGCUCAUUCUGAGCUUUAGCCUUCCUGACCUUCUCCCUGCAACUGUUGGCUUCACAUGUAUACUCUUCCUUUGUGAUUUCCCCUUGCUUCCAUUUUGUAUACAUGCUCUUCUUAACUCUCAGCUCAUCUGAAAGCUCCUUAUGCAGCCACACCGGUUUCCUUGGGGGCCUCAAUAUUUCUCCUUUUAGAAACUCCCAUCCUACUUGGACUCCCUUCUCAUUUAGUAUAUCUGACCACAGGAUCACAUCCAGUAGCUCCUUCAGGUUUUCGAAACUGACAUCUUAAAGUCCAGAGUGUGUGUCUGACUACUUCCACUGAAGCAGAGUCCACCAGCUUCUGAGGGAGCCCGUUCCACUUUCAAAGAGCUCCUGUCAUCAGAAAGUUCUUCCUAAUGUUGAAUCAGAAUCUCAUUUCCCAUCCAUUCAUCCUAAGAACAAGUACAGGUCACACACAAACUCACAUGGCCAGGGAUAGGAAAUGUGCACCGUCUGGGUCCUGCCCUGAUCCUGCCUGCUGUGUGAGAUACUGUGUCUGGCUGAUACUGUGUGAGAGAAUGAAAGGGUGUGAGCAUGAACCCAAAGUUGGUUCUUUGUGGUUGCUGUUGCUGCCCUGCUAUCCAUUUAAAAGACAUUCAUGUCUGUCAAAGAAAUCCUGGGAACUGUUAGCUAUUUGUGAUAAAAAAUAUAUGCCUUAUGCAGAUAGCUGAAGAUAAAUCUUUUUACUUGACAGGUUGGCUACAGUUGAACCACAAGUAUUAUUUACAGACUCCUGCAGACCGUGUCUGCCAGAAGUCCCCUCCCUCCUCACCUUCCCAGUCAAGACAGAACUCUCAGAGAGAACCCGCCAACUCCCAACUGCCAGUUGCCAUCUGCCACCUCCUUUCCCCAUUACCAUUUCGUCUUUGUGAAAUGCAGGUCCAAUGAAAUUACAUUACAAAUAGUAACAGGAACUGCAGUUUGCUAAGGGGGCUGAGGGAUUCUUUGGGGGAAGGUGCUUCUGAGGGGUGAGGGAUGGAGAGAAGCCUCUCCCUGCGUUGUGGGUGCGUCAUCCCCAGGUCUCUCCCCCAACCCCCUUCUUUCAGCAUCUUCUGCCACAAGUGUGAGGGGCUUUGCCCAAAGGAAUGCAAAGUGGGCACCAAGACCAUUGACUCCACAAGGGCAGCCAGGGACCUGGCUGGCUGCACCCUCAUCGAGGGCAACCUCAUCCUCAACAUCCGCCGGGGAGGUGAGUGGCUGUGGCCCAGGGUGCUGGGAGCUCCAGGGAGGGAGGUCUGGCCUCUCCCCACUGAGGGACUGACUCUUUAGAGGGAUGACUUGAGGAGUGAGCUGCCAUGCAUUCAGAUUUCAUCAGAUUUAACUGGGGGGGGGGGUCUAUAUUCUUUUCCUUUGCAGCUGAAGGAUCAUUUAAGGACCCCGAAGCUCAACACUGGCACCCCAAAGGGAUGUAUGCUGAGUCCCUUCCUGUACUUGUAUACAUAUGACUGUAUUUCAUCUGAUCCAUCCACUGUAAUUAUUAAGUUUUCAGAUGAUACUACCAUAAUCGGUCUAAUUACAGGUGGAGAUGAAUCAGCAUACGGGGGGGGGGGCGUCAAAAAGUAUCUACAUGGUGCCUAGAGAAUAACUUACACCUAAAUAUUAGCAAGACAAAGGAGAUGGUGUUGGACUUUCGGAGGAAGAGAGGGGAAUCUGCCCCGUUGUAUAUCAGGGGUGGUUGUGUGGAGAGAGUCUCUUCCUUUAAAUUCCUGGGAGUUUACCUUAGUGAAGACCUCACUUGGAAAAGCAAUGUAACUCAGGUGGUUAGGAAGGCCCAACAGAGACUCCACUUCCUCAGGGUCUUGCAAAAGAACAAUGUUAAACAACAAUUGAUGACCUUCCACAAAAGAAAGUGUCCUCUUAUAUUGUAUCACAGUGUGGUACGUUGGCUUGACAGCCACGGACGAAAGUCUCUACAGAGGGUGGUGAACACAGUACAUGAUAUCAUGGGCUGUCCCCUGAGCCCGCUAGAUGACAUCGCAAGGGAUCGUGGCCUUAGGAGAGCGGGAAAAAUUCUCAGGGACGAUUCACACCCCGGCCAGCACCUCUUUAAUCUUCUACCCUCAGGCAGGAGAUAAAGUAUAAUCAGUCAUGCCAACAGGCUAAAAAACAGUUUCUAUCCAUGGGCUGUUAGGCUGCUGAAUGGAAAAUAAUAUAGUGCAACUGACUUUCGGGGUUGGUGUGUUGUGCAACAAGCACAGAGUGCAAUGAGAUUGAGUGUUUGGGGGGGGAGGAGGCUCGGUUAAUUUCAUUGUACACAGGUUGUACAUUGAAAAUAAAGGUAUUAUUAUUAUUAUUAUUAUUAUUAUUAAUCAUGCCAGUUAGGAAGCCACCUCCCCUUUCUUGGGACAGGUUUUUAAAAGAGUAAAAGAAAUGUGUGUUGAAAAGCAUAAAGUGCUUGAAGAAAGAACACAGCGCAGCACCAGGCAAUCAUUUCAAAGAUGCAAAAAGCCUCAAAGCUGCUUCUCCCUUCCCACAGAUAACCUGGCCUCCGCCCUGCAGGGCAGCCUAGGUCUGAUUGAGACCAUCACAGGCUUUCUGAAGAUCAAGCACUCCUUUGCCCUCAUCUCUUUGUCCUUCCUCAAGAACCUCAAGCUCAUCCGAGGGGACUCCAUGGUGGACGGGUGAGUCAUGGGCAAGGGCACGGCUCCCCCCCCCCCCGGCAGGGCAGGCUGUAAAACACCCGACUCCGUUUUGCCUCCAGGAACUACACGCUCUACGUGCUGGACAACCAGAACCUCCAGCAGCUCUGGGACUGGAGCCACCACAGCCUCUCCAUCCCCGUCGGCAAGAUGUACUUUGCCUUCAACCCCAGGCUCUGCCUGUCAGAGAUUUACCGCAUGGAGGAGAUCACAGGGACAAAGGGCAGACAAAACAAAGCAGAGAUCAAUCCCCGGACCAAUGGCGACCGAGCCUCCUGUGAGUUGCUCUGGGGGGCAGAGGGCUUGGGGGGCACAGCAUCGAGGGACCCUGGGGGGCACCUCGUAGGCAGAAAUGAGGGUAGCAGUGGCAAUCGGAGAUGGAGAGGGGGUUGCCCCACAAGGAAGUUGGGGUGCCUUCCCAAACUGGUGCCCCCAGCUGUUGUUCCUCUUGUCCCCCAGUCGCUCCAACAGCCAGUACAGCCAAGGGUCAGGGGAGAUGAUGAGGUGAACUUGAGUCUAGCAACAUCUGGCGGGGGGGGAACCAAGUUGGAGAAAGGCUGGACUUGUGGUUGGUUGGUCCUUUUGGCUUCACUGCUUAAAACUGGCCACUACCAGAGCUCAUGGAGCCCGGCUUUUUUGUUCAUUGGUCUGUCUCCCAUUUCAGAGGGGCAGCAGCCCUGUUCAUCUGCUGCUUCAAAAAGACAAGAGACCUUCAAACUGUUAAAUCUUUAGGGUGCCGCAGUCGAAACCUGCAACCCCAAUAGCAGCAGCAGCAGCUGUCAUCCCAACCCCUCCCCCCGACCAACUUUUAUUCCAGGUUUUUUCUCCCAGAACAUUUUCAGUGAAAACAGGGUUUGGGAUUUUUGUCAUUUGCACAGCUAGAAAUGAAAGAGACAUUUUGACCUUUGCCCAUGAAAUUUUCCAGCUCUUUGCCAGUUCCACUGUUCCUCCCUGAAGCCACUUGUGUUCCUCCCCCACUCCUCGCCCCUGCCAGUUUUCAAGACUCCUUCCAGGUUUUAACCCCCCCCCCCAUUUCAGGCAAGACCCAAAUCCUGCGCUUUGUGUCCAACACCACUGAGUCAGAUCGCAUCUUCCUCAAGUGGGAGCGCUACCGGCCCCCAGAGUACCACGACCGCCUGAGCUUCAUCAUCUACUACAAGGAAUCGUAAGUCCUUGGGGAGCCUCAGGUGUGUGUGUGGGGGGGGAAUUUGCUCUUUUCUGCUGCUGCUGCUGCAGGGGACACCCAGCACACCUGAAGGGGAAGAUACCAAAUCCGCCCCUUCUGGAACCGUAUGCAAGCCAAGACCCAGUUUGCAGUGAAACUUGAAUGUGUUCUGAAAAGCCCUGGCUAGGAGGGUGCAGUGUGCAUAAAAAUAAAUAUAUUAUUGAAAAGUCCAAAGGAAAUGCCUUAUAUUGGGAACCUUGCUUUGCAAGAAUGUGUGUAUUAGGAGAACCUUUUUAAAAUAUAUAUCCACAAACUGAUGUGGAAAUGUGGAGAACUGAACUGAAGGUGGGGGAAGUGAGAAGCCAAAACGGACCUCUUUGCGCCUCCUUCUUGGUCUGCCAAGUGCCCGGCAGUUGGAGAGCCAGUGGAGGUGGCAGGAGGGAGCCAAGCUGCCUUCCCUCCCGGCUGCUCCUGCAGGCCUGACCCUCCCUUGGGUGCCUCAUCCCCCAGGCCCUUCCAGAACGUGACGGAAUACAUUGGGCAGGACGCCUGCGGCGCCAACAGCUGGAACGUGGUGGAUGUGGAGCCGCCCCUGAACAAUGAGCAGGAGCCGGGGGUGGUGCUGCAGAGCCUCAAGCCCUGGACCCAGUAUGCCAUCUUUGUGCGCGCCAUCACCCUCACCACCGCCGAGGAGAGGCGCAACUACGGGGCUCAGAGCGAGGUGGUUUACAUCCGUACCAUGCCUGCAGGUAACGCGGGUGGGUGGGCGGGAGGAGCAGGAGCCUGUGACCAGUGUCAUCCACCCCUGGGUGCCAGAGCCGCUCCUUGGACUGGGACCGGGCUCUGAGUAGAGUUGCUGGGAUGCCGUGGGGGUUCUGGGCCUGCAGCAGAGGGACCUUGAAAGGAGCUCUCCCUUCUGUGGAGGCAGAAGAGGCCUAGCAUGAGAUGGAGGGCUGCACAGAGGCCACCUCAAAACUUUAAAGAUGGCUGAGAUUAGGUUAGACUGAGAGAUGCAGUGACUGGCCCAGGGCCACCCAGAAAGCUUCAUAGCUGAAUGGAGACUUGCACCCUGGUCUCUCUCAGGUUGUAGUCUGACACUCUAGCUGCCACAACACACUGGCUCUGUAUAUUGGUUCUCUCUCUCCCUCUUUUUUUCUCUCUCUUUCAAUUACACUGUCUGCCCUCCUGUCGAUGACCAGCUCCAACAGUUCCCCGGGACGUCAUCUCCAUGUCCAACUCCUCGUCCCACCUCAUUGUCCGCUGGAAGCCACCCAGCCAGCCCAAUGGCAACAUCACCUACUACUUGGUCUUGUGGCAGCAGCUGGCUGAGGACUCUGAGCUGUUUGUCAACGACUAUUGCCACAAAGGUGAGGUGGCUGGCCUGCUCCAUGGCGCAUGGACCUUGCGCAGCCCCAAAGGGCCUUUGCUCACACCCUCUCUCCUCUCGCCCUGCCAGGCCUCCGCCUGCCCACCAGCAGCGCAGACACUCGCUUUGACACAGACGAUGGUGAAGGCCAGGAGGAUGGAGAGGAGCAGCAGUGCUGCCCGUGUCAAAGCCCUGUGGGGCAAACCCCCCUGAGGGAUGAAACCGUCUCUUUCCAGAAGAAGUUUGAAAACUUCCUGCAUAAUUCCAUCAUUAUCCCCAGGUGACCGGGGCUAGAGCUGCGCAGGCCAGGCUGUGGGGUUUGGGAUUGUGACUCCAUGGGCGGGUGGGCGGGCGGAAGUCAGGGCUGACAGCAGCAAUGGUCAGCUGGCGGGAGAACCUGUCAGAACUGGUGGUGGUUCUCUCUGCCGUCUUGGCACUCCAAACCUUCCACUGACUCCCAGCGCUCCUUCCCCAACUGCAGAGCGGGCAUCUUGAGCCUGAAAAUGUUAGGCAGGAAUGGCACUGUCAACUGUUUGCAAGUCCAGCAACCCCCCCCCCCCAACUGGGGCUCUGGAGAUUCCCGAGCCUUAUUUCCACAAGUGUCCUGCAGGGCUAGUCUGAAAAAGUUUGAAAAGACUGCCAUAAGUUGACUUAUUCUAGGUUAGGGUGGUUUUACCUAUCUCUCCUGGUAAUGUCUACUCUGACUGGCAGCAACAGCAGCUCUCCAAUAUUGUCUGAGGCAGAGAUGGGGGUGGGGAGUCCCCUCCCCAGUGACAUGCAACCUCAGCCUUCUCCAACCUGGAUGUUUUGGGCCACCAACUCUCACCUGCUCCCACCCCUGUGGCUGUGCUCUCAUCAGCUGAAAUAUUCACCAGAGGCAGAGGAGAAGGCUGGAGCCAGGGGGUAGUAAGCAGAGAUUUUCACCUUCUUUGUCCUUUUUCAGACCCCCCUGGAAAGUCACUUCCAUCAACAAGAUCUCUUACAGGUAAGCUGCAGAGUGUAGCUGAAAAUGAAAAGGAAUGUUCACACAUUUCAGGCUUUUCCUGAGGACUAGAAACAUUUCUUUAAAGGGAUGCCUCAAGUUUGUCCCACCAUCUGGAGGCUCUCUCAAAAUGCACAGACAGUGCAGACUAUCAGGUUGCAAUAUUGGGCUGCAGAGAAUGGACCCCUUUUAGGAAGAAAAGGGGGUCUCUUCCCCUCUCCCCCACCCCUGCAGGACCAGAGGUUUCCCUUCUUCCUAUUGCCUGCCCUUGCCUACCAAACCCCAGGCAACAUCCCCACACUCUUAACUGUUGGGGGGAUCCUGGGGAAAUCAGUACCACAGGCAGAAGGACUGUGGAAACUCCUGUCCAGCUUUCUAUUGUAAUACGUUUGGGGGCUGGACUGAGUUUGGACUCUAACCCGACUGUGUCUGGUUUGUCCUCUAUGGACUAAGGGCUGGGCAUGACACUCGUCGUCUACCUUGAGGUGUAGGGUAAACAUCAUCUCCCAGCAGACCGGCCUGCCCUACCCCACACUCUGCCCCAAGGCCUCACCUCUCUGCUUCCUUUGCUGUGACAGGAUCCCAAAGAGGCGCAGGGACACCUUUGCCGUAACCCCUCUUCCUGGCCAUGCCUUUGCCAACACAUCGUCCCCAGAGGUCCUGGGGAAUGGAGUGACCCCAAACCGCACAGGGUCCAGCAGCUCCAAAACUGAGAAGGAUUUCCGCAUCUUUGAGGAUAAAGUGGUCCGGGAUCGGACGGCCAUCUCUAACCUGCGCCAUUUUACUGAGUAUCGCAUUGACAUCCAUGCCUGCAACCACGCUGCGCAGACUGUGGGCUGCAGCGCUGCCACCUUUGUCUUUGCCAGAACCAUGCCGGAACGUAAGUGCCAGAGAGCACCCCCAGCAAGCCACAUGGGGGGGCAUCAGCCCCAGGCAGGAGCAGAGAGCUCAGCUGCCCCUUUAUGCCUGUCUGCCCUGCUUUGCCUCAGGGUAAGGCCAGCCCUGGUCCUGCCUCUUUGUUCAACUCCCGUCCCCAUCGCUAGCUGGUAAGUAGCCUGUGCAGUCCAUCGUCUGAAUCAACUGGCUCUUCCCUACCGGAAUGAUCGGGGCGGCCUGUCUCAAUUCGUCACCUGCAGUGAAAUGGGAAGAUGUCGCCCAGUGCAUCUGCCCCCCCCCUUGCUGCCCCUGCUGAUGCCCCGAUUACUGGAGUUGUGGGGCUGUGGCUUCCAGGUUCUGACGAGAUCACGCAGAGGCCACACGUCAGCUUCCCAAGACUUCAUUCAGCAAGGCACUCCAUCUCACUUUCUGGGGUCUCAGGAAUGUUGCGCAGGGCUCUCAUGAGAUCUUGCUGGAACUUGGAAGCUGCUGCAACCGCUUCUCUGGUGGUGACGGUGGCAGGGGCUUGUUUGUGGAGUCACACUUUGGAUUCUGCCACCUGAGGCGGUUGCCGUAGUCUGCCUCAUGGGUGGUCCGGCUCUGGGAAUGAUGCAAAUGUGAUCCAGGAAUGAGCAUUUUGCACAAGGUGUCCCAUGAGCUAUGAAGAGUUCUGUGCUCCUUCUCGCCCUGCCUGGGCAAAGGGUGGAAGGAAGGGAGAGUGUGAUGGGCUUCGACUCAGGAGUUCCUUUGCUUUGCUCUCUCUGCUCAGCUCAAGCAGACAACAUCCCUGGCAACGUGACCUGGGAGCCAGCAGGGAAAAACCGAGUCCUCCUCAAGUGGGAGGAGCCGAAGAACCCCAACGGGCUCAUCCUCAAGUACGAGAUCAAGUACAGCCGGGAGAGUGAGGUGAGGAAGGGGCUGGAGGCCUAGUGGUGGCAGCAGGGCCAAGCGCUGGAACAUUUAUUAGCAGCAGGAGACGGAAGGUUUGAAGAUUCAGGACAAGCAGGAGAGAGGAAUUUGCUGCCGCACAAGGUAGUGAUGGUGACUGACUUCAAAGAGGGAUUAGAGCUGUUAAUGGAGGAUAAGGCUCUCUAAUGUUACUAGUAGUCAUGAUGGAUCAGAGGCAGUGUGCUCAGCAACACCAGCAGUGGGGAUAGAUCCCUUCAGGGCAUCUGGUUGGUGACUGUGAGAAGGAGCAGGAUGCUGGAGUAGUUGGUCCCCCUUUGGCCUGAUCCAGCAGCAGUAGCAUCCUGGCUCUGGUUAACUAGACCCUGCCACUUGCAGCCACUGCAUCCUUGCCCCCCCCCCCCGCCAGCAGCCACAAGCCUGGGGUUUCAAACUUCCCCACCUACAGGCCUACUGUAAAGAGUGAUCCACAGGCCCCUGAGGCAGUGGCGUAGCGUGGGUUGUCAGCACCCGGGGCAAGGCAAGUAAUUUGCGCCCCCUAACCUGUGGAUUUUAGCACUCGAGUGCGAGCGCCCCCCCCAGAUGUUGCGCCCGGUGCGGCCGGGCCCCCCUGCACCCCCCACGCUACGCCACUGCCCUGAGGCACCACUCACGCCUGCCUCCUCCUUGGUUUCCUUCUUCCUCUCCUGCAGAAAGUCACCUCGGUUGUCUGCGUCUCUCGCCACCGCUACACUCGGAACGGGGGCUACCUCCUUGACCUCCUCCAGCCUGGAAAUUACUCUGCCAAGGUCCGGGCCACUUCACUGUCAGGGAACGGCUCGUGGACUGGACUGAUCAAGUUUUACAUCCUGGGGCCGGGUAGGUGGUGGAGGCUGAGCGUGGGCAAGGCAAGCAGAAGAGAGAAGGAAGAGAAUGGUUGACUUUGACUAAGCAACCCUGGCAGUUCAGGGAGGUUCAUCUGGUGACACAAUGAAGAAACCCUGUGAUGAUGUUGCGGGGGGGGGGGGGCAGUGGGAGGCAGGGCAAGCAAGGACGCCUGGAACAGUUUGUAUCUCUGGUUUAACUUCUCAUGAAAAUGUGGCCCCAGAUGCUGGCAGGUGGGGUGUUCUGGGGAACUCCAGAAAAAAAGUUUUCCUUUAGGCCACUUUCAGGGCAACCUUGGGGGCUAAUGGUGAAAGAGAUCCCUUUGGGGCAAAGAGGAGAAGCACACAGCUGCUUGGAUGAAUAAAAACAGGGGAGGGGAACCUGCUGCUGUUUCUGGGCUCCAGCCCCAGGAGACAGCAGGACCAGCUGCCUGAAAACCUGGUAGGAGCUGUAGUCCAGUCCUCACCCCCUUCCAUAAAUAGAUGGUGGCUUUGUGGGCCUUGGUGUCAAAAGGAGACUAAUCAGCCCCAAAAGUGAGCAUCACCCAGGAACCUAGCCUGGCACUCUAUGUGGGGCUACGUAGAGUGACCUGGAAACUGCAAUUAAUCCAGAAUGCGGCAGCUAGACUGGUGACUGGGAGCAGCUGCUGGGACCAUAAAACACCAAUCCUGAAAGACCUACAUUGGCUCCCAGUACGUUUCCAAGCACAAUUCAAAGUGUUGGUGCUGACCUUUAAAGCCCCACAUGGCCUUGGCCCAGUAGACCUGAAGGAGCAUCUCCAUCCCCAUCACUCAGCCAGACACUGAGGUCCAGAGCCGAGGGCCUUCUGGCAGUUCCCUCCCUGCGAGAAGAUUACAGGGAACCAGGCAGAGGGCCUUCUUGGUGGUGGCUCCCACCCUGUGGAACACCCUACCAUAAUAAACAAUUAUCCAACUUUUAGAAGACAUCUGAAGGUAGCCCUGUUUAGGGAAGUUUUCAAUGUUUGAUCUUUUAUUGCUUUAUUAUUAUUAUUAUUAUUAUUAUUAUUAUUAUUAUUUGGGGAGCUGCCCAGAGUGGCUGGGGAAACCCAGCCAGAUGAGCGGGGUAUAAAUAAUAAAUUAUUAUUAUUACUAUUAUUAAGAUUUUAACACUUGCUAGAUCCAGGGAUUAGAGUAGUCUGGCUCCCACAAACUCACAAUAAUACAUAAUUUUAUUUGUAUGCUGCCUUUCCAUAGUUCAAACCAUGCUCGAGGUGGCUUACAACAUGAAAAAAUACAGUAUUACAGAAAUAAUCACCAACAAUAAAUAAAACAUUAAAAAAUACACAGCCAAAUUGGACAAUUUCCACAUAAAUCAUAAUAAAAUCUAAAAUAAAGAUUUAAAAAAUCAGUAACAACCCCCUUUAACACCCCCCUCCCAAAACAAUAUACUCCAGUCCAAGUGUCUAGAGAUUAAUAAAUAGAAAAGGGAGCAACUGCUUUAUGUCUCCAGUAAUCAAGGCUGCCAUUGUGCAGAAAGUGAUGUGGUCUCUCCACCUCUAGGAGCGCAGAAGGGAGGAUGUUUAUGGGGACAAUAUUUCUAUUCCUCAGAGGCUUAGCAUGUCCCAUCCACUUAAUUAGGGAGCCCAAAUGAUGGCCAGCAGUUGUACCAAAAUGCUGUGGGUCAUUUAGUGCAUAAAUUUAGAAUCCUUUUUAUCACGUGGUGCCAAAUGUUAGGAAAGCAGACAAAAUAUUGCCGCAGACCAGCAAAUGGAAUUCAGAGCAGCCGUUGAGUGGGGUGUGUGUGUGUGUGUGUGUGUGUGUGUGUGAGAGAGAGAGAGAGAGAGAGAGAGAGAGAGAGUUGUGUACAUGUCAUUUCUAAGAGCCUGAAAUGGCCCAGGAUUCCCCCUUAGGAUAUUCAAAACACACAAACAAACCCAAUUGGGGCAAGUGUUUGAUCAAUGUUAAAUAGUUAUGUAAUAAUUACAUGUUUCUUUCUCUGCCCCCCAAAACUUACUUCCAUCAUAAACCCCCUUACAAGUAGAGGAAGAGGAACCCGGAAACUUCUAUGUGCUCUUGACGCUGAUGCCCGUUGUCUUGAUGGUGGGGAUCACUUGCCUGGCCGUCUUUGUUUUCUUAUACAACAAGAAAAGGUAAUAUGGAACCGGCAGGACACUGGCGCUGUUAGAGGUGUCCCCCCCCCCCCGCAACACGGAGUGGAGAAUCUGUGGCCCUCCAGAUGUUAUGGGUCUCCAUCCCCCAAGAGCCAGCCUGGCUGAUGGUCAGUGUGUGUCCCUUCCAGAACCUUCUCUGGGGAAGGGUCGGCUCACACUUUCUACUGGCAGAGAAGUGUUGCUUUAACUUGACAUGGACCAGGUCAGCAAUGACGUUGGGCCAAAAUCCCACAGGAGGGUCCUAAGGGGGAGGGGAACUCACCGCCACUGCCAUGCCAAGGACCUUGAGCCCUUUGUCUCUCCCUCCCAGAAGCACAGAGGGAUACCCCAGUGGCACGCUGUACGCCUCAGUCAACCCUGAAUACUUCAGCACCUCAAACAGUGAGUACGGCUCACCUUUCGAAGGCAGAGGCAGAGGCGGGCAGGACACCAUUUCCACAGGGGCACCCUCUGUCUGUGAGGGCAAAGGUGGAGCAUUGCUAUGGAACUGACUGGUGCUGCUGCUGAUGCCCUAAGCCUCCCCUGUCCCUAGCCGGGGGCUCUCCAGGUUGUCCUGGACUCCCGGCUUGCAUCAUCAUCCCUGGCCACGCUGGGACUGAUGGAAGUUUUGGUCCAGUUCUUUUAGAGGGCAGCAGGUUGGGGAAGCAGCAGCUGUGCCCCCCCCCCCCCCCGCUCAGUGUUGCAGCAGGGCUUCUGCACGAGGACUCCCCACCUGAUUCUACCCUUGGCCUUGCCACUCCACCACCUUCCAGGCCCCCCAGCCUUGCCUCCAGGGGGCAUAUGUGUGUGCCCCACACUGAGUGCUUUGUGCUUUUCCUUCGGUGCCUCUCCUUGGCUAGUGUACGUCCCGGACGAGUGGGAGGUGCCGCGGGAGAAGAUAACAGUGCUGCGGGAGCUGGGCCAGGGCUCCUUUGGGAUGGUCUACGAAGGGCUUGCCAAGGACAUUGAGCAGGAGGGAGAGAAGACCAGGGUGGCCCUGAAGACGGUCAACGAGCUGGCCACCACGCGGGAGCGCAUCGAGUUCCUGAAUGAGGCCUCGGUCAUGAAAGCCUUCAGGUGCCACCACGUGGUAAGUGGGCCGGCCCUCCCCUUGGACAGCUGAGGAGAAAAGCAGCAUAUGGUACCAGAGCUGCUAUUGUUGUGCUUUGUUCCCUGGGGGAGACACUCGUGGGACAUUCUGCCUCGGGUGCCAAAAUAACUUGAUCAGCCUUGGGGAUUAUGCAACUUGAUCUGUGGGUUGGUGGGCAGCGUCUGCUGCAAAAUACCUCAGGGCAGCCCUGCCUGGAUUCCCAGAGAGGAACAGGCUAGAUUUCAGCUUCCAUGUGGUUGGAUGACGUGGGGUGUGCCAAAGUUGGUGUUUGGAUAACCAACUGCAGCAAUGCAAAGAGGGAAAGUCGUUGCCCCCGUCUUGCUCUGCUAGAGGGUUGGAGGUGACCUGCCAGGUGCUCAUCCUGCCCCAUUCAACUCCGCAGUGUGGGAAUGCUAAUACUGGCCUACUCUGUGGGGGUGGCGUUAGGGUUACUGGACCCCCCUCCUGUGUGUGCGCUGAGCACUUUGAGAGCGUCCUCUACAUGCCAGCUGGCCUCUUUUAUCUCUGCUGGCUCUCAGGUCCGUCUUCUUGGCGUAGUCUCCCAGGGCCAGCCUGCCUUGGUCAUCAUGGAGCUGAUGACGAGGGGGGACCUGAAAAGCUACCUCCGUUCCCUCAGGCCGGAAGCUGAGGUGAGUGACGUGCAGAGCCCCCCCAGGCUUUCCUCCAGGGCUCAAGCAAAGCAGCCUGCUUGGGUGGAGAAGCAGUUGCACCUGUUUGCAGCAGAGCAACGUGUCGCCAAUACAGUCCAAAGCCAGAGGGUGGGGAUUGCCCACAUUACGCUAUGGGAAGCUGGGCUUUCAUUUGUGCUGAAGUUCCAUUGCCCAGGGCACUGAGGGAGUUCAUAAACUCCUUUCCCAUCUUGGAGGGUGGCGUCCAGUCUGGGGUCUCCUUGCCUGCCGGCUUUUGCCAGCUUCGAAUAGUAGCUGGAAGACCAAACCAAAGUAUGGAGACAGACUGAGCGCAUGGCAUUCUCCGGGAGUGGCUGAGGAAAUUUUCCCAGAGAAGAGGUCCUGUUGGUCUCUUCCCCCCUGCCCUGGGACAGGCUAUUUUGUGGUUCUUUCUCCUAGAAUAACCCUGGCUUGCCUCCCCCAUCGCUGAGGGACAUGAUCCAGAUGGCUGGCGAGAUCGCGGAUGGCAUGGCCUACCUGAACGCCAAGAAGUUUGUCCACCGGGAUCUUGCUGCCCGCAACUGCAUGGUGUCAGAGGACUUCACUGUGAAGAUUGGGGGUGAGGCCAGGCUGGGGUUCAGGGGUGUUAUCACUGUCAUUCUCUACGAGUAGAGGUGGUCGUGGUUGAGGCUCGGAUGCCCAGGGGGGUAGCAGUGUUUGUUUGCUGCUGCAGCAACAAUCCCCUCCCCCGUUUCUGGUGGCCCCGGCCUCCCUGGACCAGACCUCCUGUUGCCCCGAGGGCUCUCUGCAGCUCCAACUGCAGCUCUGACUGCUGCCGUCUCCCUCCCUGCCAAAUUCUCUUCAUCUUGGUUCCCCUCAAAAGAUUUCGGCAUGACCAGGGACAUCUAUGAGACGGACUAUUACCGCAAAGGGGGGAAAGGUCUGCUGCCUGUCCGCUGGAUGUCCCCGGAAGCCCUGAAGGACGGCCUCUUCAACACGCACUCGGACAUCUGGUGGGUGUUUGGGAGAGGAAGGGGCAGGCUUGUCCUCCAGAGCGGCAGGGGGCGGGGGCGGCAGGUUUCCAGUCCCAGGGAGUUCUGGCACACCUUGUCACCUUUGUUUGCCCUUCCAUGGUAUUUUCACUCAAGGAUAAUCUGGGAUUGGAAGCAGGUACUUUCAAGGAUGUGUGUGACAGAGGCUGAGGGUGGCAGGUGUGGCUCCUGCUCAUGGCACUCUCUAGUGAGCCACGUCUUGUUUGUUGGUCUUUGUGGGGCAGAGGGAGGAGGCGGAGGCCCUCACUUGAGCAGCAUCUUGGUUUGGACCCUCGUGUGGGGGGCCUGUCUGCUCCCUCCCACCGUAAACCUUGCGAAGACCACCUGUGCACAGUGGCUGUCCUGGGCGCCUCUCCUUACCUGUGCCCUGUGGCAAGAGGCAAGGAGGAAGAGGCUGACUCUUCUGUUGCAGGUCCUUUGGGGUGGUGCUGUGGGAAAUCGCGACGCUGGCUGAGCAGCCCUACCAGGGCAUGUCCAACGAGCAGGUCCUGCACUUCGUGAUGGACAACGGCGUCCUGGAGAAGCCAGAGAACUGUCCCCAGAAGCUGUAAGCGCCCCAGCAGUGUCUGUCUGUCUGUCAGUCCAUCCAUCCAGGUAGCAUCUGGGCUGUGCAAAGGCAGAUGCGCCUCCCUCCCCCUCCCCUCCCCUCGGGCCCCUUACUGGCAGUCCUUGGGCUGUGCAUGGCCUGUGGGGGCCUCCCCGUCUGGGCCCCCACAGCAAGGCGGCUUGAAACACUCCUCCUCUUGGGAGCCAGCAGCAGGCUGGUGUCAAGGCUGCCUUGUGGAGCCUUUGGGGUGGGGGUGGUGCAGUAGUGGAGGGGGAAGUGACCCCCUGCCGUUCUCACUCUCCACCCCACUCCCGCCCUUGUGGAUCUUCCAGCCACGAGCUGAUGACCUGGUGCUGGCAGCAGAACCCCCGCCUCCGCCCCACCUUCGCCCAGAUCCUGGAGAGCAUCAAGGACGACAUGAGCGCCGCCUUCCGCACCCACUCCUUCUUCUACAGCCUGGAGAACAAAUGCUGCAGCUCCUGGGAGGCUUCGGACACAGAGACGGAGCAGCUACUUCUGAGUGGGGAGGAGGAGGAGGAAGCAGCACCUGCGCCGGCCCCCCCUCAGGGCGCCCCCAUCCUCAACGGCAACCCACUCCUCGCUCUGGGCCUUGGCAGGGACCCCUUGCAGAGCCAGCCUACAAACUUCUGCCAACCCAAUGGGAAGGUGGGCCUCUGAAGAAGGGCACCACCCUGGGGCCCACCUCACAGGAGACCCCCCCCUUGCCCUCUUUGCGACCUGCGGAAAAGCCAGGAUGCUUCUGGGCUGCCUACCAUGGCGGCUGGAGCGGAGAAAGGACCCCUUCCAGGAGGAGGACCACCUGGUGACACUCCCUCAGGGUGACAGGAUGGAGUCUCUUUUUAGGAGCAGAUGACUUGACUGGGCGCUCCUUCUCUUCCCGAGGGCCUUGGCCCGUUCUGGCCGCCUGCCGGUUGCCUUGCAGGCAUUUCUCCCUUCAGCCACUUUGGACAGGGGGGUGCUGUGGGCAGCCUCCUCCCUGCCCCCCAUCACUGUGGGCUGUGGCUUCGUGGGGAGCAUUUGCCAUCCUUCUGCUGGGGGCAAACUGGCUCUCCUCAGCGGUCCAGGAGCCAGAGAUCCACUUAGGCUCCCUGUGGCAGCCUUGCCCAGGGAUUUCACGCUCCUUUGUGGGACUGGUGCACAAGUGAACUCCUGGGCCGUGGGGCUAAAAGGUGCAGCCAGCGCCUGUGAAGGAAGCUGAAGGCCAAAUGGACUGGCUGAAGAGCUCCCUGGCUUUGGGAAGGUCGAAGGACGAGCAGACUCUCCCACAGCCCAUUCCUGACUCUGGGUGUGUUGGGGAUGAGGGGCCACAAAUGUGUUCAUCCCCACAGCCACUCCAGAGGAGUUACCUUCUUUCCUUUAUAUCUCACCUCUCUUCCAGAAUGGCACCCAGACUGGCAUACUUUUUUUUUAAUAAAUAGAAGAGUAACUAACUGCCUUGAGAGAGGCUUCCUAGGAAGUCUCCCAUCCAGUGUGGCCUUACUUUGCAAAGUCCCAGAUUCUGGCCCGGCAGCUGGGGCCUCCUCCCCACUGCACUUUCCCAGCUGUUGCAAGGAUCUCUUCAGACCAAGUGGCCACUUCAGUCCUAAUGCCUGCUCCUUGUCACAGACGAGAUCCUGCAGUUUCACUGGCCUCCCCAGAUGUGGACUAGAAGCACUGGGGGGUCAGUAUUUUGCUGAAACUAAGGGGUUCAGGUGAGGUCACUCCCUGGAGGGGGGGAUCCUCUCUCCAUGCAACCAUUUGUGCUGCUUUGGAUUCUGUGCUGGAAGAAAAGUAGGGUAUAAUCAUAAGAGCCCCAUCUCUGGAGCUGGCUGUGGGUGGGUGGGUGGGCUGCAUGAGCUGCUCCUCCUCUCCCCCAUUACUGCAAAGGUGCUUUUGUUAUUGCUGGAUGUGAUCGGCUGCUUCCACAAAGUGAAGUGCAAGCCUUUGAACUCUGAAUAAACCAGUUUGUUUUCCUGU